AUGAUUGUCCGUGGCGUGUCGCGGUGCUCUACCAAGCUCAAGCUCCCAUUUGCCCGAACGAACAUUACACGCGCUCAACCGCAAUGCCGACAAUUCGCGACGCCUGCCGCUGGUACCCCAACGGCUUCAAGCUCCGGUAGCGCAGCUGGCAUGCUUGCGCCGUUCGCGAACGAACUCGACAGGAUCGCACCUUCUUUCAGCAUCAACGGCUCCCAGAUUAAGAUUAUCAGAACGCCGGCCGAUUUCUACGAGACAUUAAAGGAGCGGAUACGGAAUGCAAAGAAGAGGAUCUUCCUGUCAACGUUAUACAUCGGAAAGACAGAGAAAGAGUUGAUUGCGACCCUACACGAAGCUCUGCGAAACAACCCUGAGCUGAAGCUAAGCAUUCUGACGGACGCCCUACGAGGCACGCGAGAGGAGCCGAAUCCGUCAUGCGCAUCACUUCUCGCACCACUCGUAUCGGAGUUUGGCCCAGAUAGAGUGGAAAUCCGCAUGUACCACACACCGAACCUGACGGGGUUGAGGAAGAAGUACAUACCAAAGCGCAUCAACGAGGGCUGGGGCCUACAACACAUGAAGCUAUAUGGCGUUGAUGACGAAAUUAUUCUCUCUGGGGCGAACCUCUCAUCAGACUACUUCACGAACCGACAAGAUCGUUACCACCUCUUUUCCUCCAAGGAGGUGACCGACUACUUCUGGAACAUCCACCAGGGCGUAUCCUCUUUCAGUUUUCUCGUUGAGCCUUCGCAAGAACCUGCUGGCUUCGCCCUGACCUGGCCUAAGUCUAACCCCGCGCCGUCUCCCCUUAAAGAGCCGAAGCAGUUCAUCGGCACCACGACUCCUGCCCUCAAUGCUCUGAUUUCGCCCACGCAAGCAGCCUCUGCGGAUGUGGGCAAAGACACCAAGGUCUACAUGCUUUCCCAACUCACACAGCUCAUGAGCCCAAACACCUCUACAGAGCUUCCUGCCGUCACUCAUGUACUAUCAACACUUGGGAAGCCCGAGUACGCCGGCUCGUCGUGGACCUUUACCGCAGGUUACUUCAACCCUGCGCCGUCACUGACCAAGCUCCUGCUGUCGACGGCAUCACAAAGCAAUGUCGUCAUCACCGCCUCUCAGCAGGCAAACGGUUUCUACCAAUCCCCAGGCGUGUCUGGACUCUUGCCAGGCGCCUACACUCUUCUCGCGCGCCGUUUUGUCCGCGCCGUCCACGAACGCAAGCUCGACGACUCAAUCGCUCUUAAAGAGUGGCGCAAGGGAACGAUCGGCGAGCCCGGCGGCUGGACAUAUCAUGCCAAGGGCCUCUGGAUCACACUGCCGGGAGAACAAAACCCAUCAAUUAGUAUUGUCGGAAGUUCCAACUAUACCAAACGCAGCUAUACCCACGAUCUUGAGGCUGGUGCCAUGAUCCUCACAAAGGAUGAAGACCUCAAGAAGCGCCUCGGCGAGGAGCAGACGUGGCUCCAAGAUCACGCAGAGCGAGUAACCCGUGAGGACUUUUCCAAAAAUGAGAGGCGGGUUGGCAUCCAGGUGAGGAUAGCCAUGUGGAUCGCCCAGGCCGUGGGCGGUGCCUUGUAA